UAUACAUGAAAGAAACUCAAUCUUCCCAGCUCUCAGAUGCAGAGAGAACUAGCUAACAGCCUCCUUGUGCUGGGAGCAAUCGGGGGAACAAAACUAAAACCUCCCCAAAAUGUGGAAGUCGACAUCAUCGAUGACACCUUCACCCUGCGCUGGGCCCGGAGCAGGGAGCCUGCCGGGAACGUGACUGUGUCGGCGGAUUACCAAAUACCUGGGAUUGUGGAUAAUUGGACGAAACUGCCUGGGUGUCAACAUGUUACUAGUGCCACAUGCGACUUUUCUUCCCUCAAGAUGAAUGUUUAUGAGGAAAUUAAACUGCGAAUAAGAGCAGAAGAAGGAGACAACACUUCCCCGUGGCGUGAGCUUGACACAUUUAUACCCUUUCAGCAAGCUCGGAUCGGUCCUCCGAAGGUACACUUAGAAGCCGAAGACAAGGCAAUAGCGAUCAACAUCUCCCCUCCCGGAGCCGAGGACAGUAUCAUGUGGCAGCUGGAACGCCCCCACUUCAAAUACAGCGUGAUCAUCUGGAGGAACGCGUCGGGGGCGCAGACUUGGAAUGAAACUCAUCACUCCAGAUUUCCCAGAAUUAAAAUUCACAAGCUCGUGCCAGAGACCACGUACUGUGUGAAAGUGAAGGCGCGCCUGCUCCUGCAGCGGAACCCUGCGGAGUUCAGCCCUGUGCACUGUGUGAGCACCACAGCUCCACUCCACCCAGUUCCCACCCCACGCCAAGCCCUCGCCACCUCACCGUCCUCGUCCAUAGUUGAAAAUGAGCUGCCUGCUCCCGAAAAUAUACAGGUCAUUCUGGAAAAUGACACCUAUGUUCUCAAGUGGGAUUACACACAUGACAACGUGACGUUUGAAGCUCAGUGGCUCAAGUCUUAUUUGAAAAGGACCUCUGGAAGCAAGUCAGAAAAGUGGGCGCAAGUGCAGGGCUGCGAGCGCGCCCCCGUGGCCUGGUGUGCCCCGCCCCAGGACGUGUUCCGGAAAGGGAUCUACUUCCGCGUCCGGGCCUCCCGCGGGAACAGCUCGUCCCCCUGGUCCGAGGAGGAGAAGUUUGAUGCUGGAAGGCAAGUUGUCAUCCCUCCUCUGAUCGUGGCCUUGAAGCCCCUGAGCAGCCACUCGCUCCGAGUCUCCAUCGGCCUCCAGGACCAGACCGAGCUCCAGCACUACCCGCUCACCUAUGAAGUCAGUUUUUGGGAAAACGCUUCAAAUACUGAGCGGAAGACCUUUGUGGAGCAGAGAGCCGACUUCACGGUCCCCAGCCUGAAGCCGCGGACGGUGUACUGCGCGAUCGCCCAGGCGCUGCUGGAGGACGGGCCGAGGAGCCAGCCCAGCAACACCGCAUGCGCCACGACAGAAGCAGGUGCGCAGCUCCCGGCGUGUCUUAAAAAGGCGACUUCAGCCCUGGCCAGCGUGGCUCAGCGGAUAGAGCGUCGGCCUGCGGGCCACAGGGUUCUGGGGCCGGGCUCAGAGCAGGGCCUUCCUGGGAGCCCAGUGCCUCCCGCGGGGCAGGGCCUGCACACAGUGCAGGAAACGUGA